AUGGAUGACAAGGGCGGGAGCCCUCUAAAUGAACUGGAGAAGGAAUAUUGCCCACCUCUUGACGCAGCGUUGUUCACCGCGAUCGCCUUCGAUUACGACGUUGCGGAUUCUACCCAGUUGCGCCAACUUCGCGAUACGCUCGAUGCGCUUAAGCUCUCCGCGUGGGAGCAGGAGGAUCUUCCGUUUGACCCGUCGGGCACGAGCGGGCUGAGCUCUACGACUGGUCAAGACCUUGACGGUAUCCUGUCCGAGCGCAGCGUGUCCCAGAAUGACGCACGGUCGCGCGAAACCGACAUUACCAGCCUGACGUCCGAUUUCUCCUCCGUCAGUGUUGGCGAUAAGGGUUCCAAGGGGGGUAGAAGAGAUGUCUCGUAUAUCGUUGGGCCUGAUGGGUCGCUCGCUCUGUCGGGCGCAAAGCAGGAGGACAAGAUCUACUGCCUGACGGAGAUGUUCCCCUCAGUAGCGGACUUCACGAUCCGGCAUACUUUGGAAAAGGCCGAUGGAGACCUCGAGCGAUCGAUGGAUGUUCUUCUCAACCUCGCUUUCUUCGACGAGCAGUCUGGUAAGGACGACGAGGAGGAUAAAGUCUGUAUCCCCAAGGGCGUGGAUGGCUUUGGGAACAACACCGGGGAGACCGGGCGCAAGAAAGGGCGCAGGAACAAGCAGAAGAAAAAUAAACAGCAGAGCUCGAUCGUGUCGUCUCCGGUGGAUUCUGGGUCUGCGAUGGACUCGCCCGGUGUAGGUCCCGCCGUCAAUAAGUGGGACGCUGCGCAGAAGGAUGUGGAUUUUAUUCAUUCCAGGACUGCGCCCAUCCUGAAGAAGGAAACGGUCAAGUCGGCCUACCAUACCAAUGGGGCGUCGCUGCCUGUGACAAUUCGCGCUCUGGCAGAGCAGCACGCGCCCAAGGAUGAGCAAGAGAUCAACCAGGACUCAGUCCUGGUCACACAGGUUGCCGAACUAACCCAGGAGUUUCCGUCUGUGGCACCGACGAUGUCGGCUGGGUUGCUCAAGGUAACCAGGGGCUCCGUGUCGGCGGCCAGCGAACUGGCAGCCGCCAUGAUCACCAGCCCAAUGACUUCCUCGGUGUCAGACUUGAUCAAGUUCACUGCGUCCCCGCCACCACUAGAUCUUGACGAUGAAACGUCCCUGCCACGGAGCAGGAGCACACGAGUCGCCAGGGAUUUCGAUCGCGCAAGGAGCUCCGCGGGGGCCCAUUUCACCGCGAGCGCCGAAGCACUGUCGAAAGCGUCCGUGGCUUAUCGCCGCGGCAGGUCUGACCGACUGAUGGGCGGCGCCGCCGCAUACUAUUCCGCCGUAGGUCGCGAUCAUCUAGAACGGGCGAAACGGGACGCCUCAGAUGCCGCCGACGCGCUCGUACACUCCCAGUCUACCUCGGACAUGCUCGACCUCCACGGAGUCUCGGUCCAGGAUGCCGUUCGCAUCGCCAGCGAUCGCGUCUCCGACUGGUGGGAUUCCCUGGGCGAUUCGAAAUACAUGCGCGGAGGCGCUGGCGGAGGCUAUCGCAUUGUGACGGGACUCGGCCGACAUAGCCACGAUGGCACCUCUCGCCUGGGGCCGGCCGUGGGGAAGAUGCUGGCGCGUGAAGGGUGGAGGGUCGCUGUGGGCCAGGGGGUCCUGACCGUUUUGGGACCGGUUCGACAUCGCUAA